GGCGGAGUGGGAUCGGCGCUCAGCUCCACUCUCUCUCUCUCUCUCUCUCUCUCUCUCUCUCGUUUUCUCAUCUCGGUGCCAACGUGAGUACCACCAGGAGCGACCAGAGCGAACCGUGCACCGCGAUACCUCAAGCCGUCUGUUUCCUCGGCGGAUUGAAAGAUGCCUCGGCUCACGAGCAUGUGGGAGCUGAUCGUUAGCGGAGGGAUCGGGAAGCAGGGCAGGAGGAGCUAGUUUGUGCUUGGGGAGAGAUCGCUGGAGAGGGGACCGCGAAGACAGCAGCAAGGCGAUGCAGCACCUUCUUCUCUUCCUCGUCUACAUGGACCCACUGAACUUGCUGCUGUGCACAGGAAGGACCCGCAACAACAGGACGCUGGCCUCUCCCCGGCGUCAGGGGGGCUACACUUCCAAGGUGCAACAGAUCAAUACCACGGUGGUGGUGCCGGUUCUCCAGAUCAACAGGAUGAAGCCUUUGGUACUGCAGCACUCGGAGAAAUGCCGGGGUCAUUACGACGUGGCGGGUCAGUGGGACCCCGAUUUCGAAUGCAACAGGACUUCCUACAAUUACUGCUGCGGAACCUGCUACAUGCGCUACUGCUGCCAAGACAAAAACUACCGCCUGGAGCAAAACAGCUGCAAAAACUACGUGACACCCAAAGUGGAAAUCCAAGUCACCACCGACCCAGAUCGGGACGAACUGGAGAACGUGUACGAUCCGAGCAAGGACAAGACCAACAGCACGGUGUACAUUAGCUGCGGAGUAGUCGCCUUUGUAAUUAUUGCUGGUGUUUUUGCCAAAGUUGCAUACGAUAAAGCGACCCGACCUCCUCGUGAAAUGAACGUGUCUAGGGCCUUGGCAGAUAUUUUACGAAACCAGGGACCAAUCCCAGUGCCACACUUCGAGAGGGAGAAUAUGACAGCAAUAGAUGGAUCACCCAAGGAUAGCUCGCCUGUCAGAACCACCAAAAACCAUUUUACGCCAGUUCGAACAUCCAAGGGUAAUCAUGGGCUUUAUGGAAAGGAUUCAGGCACCAGUCAUGGCUAUCGCAGCGGAGGACCAGACUUGCAUAACUUCAUCUCUUCAGGAUUUGUGACACUAGGGCGAGGACAUCUCAAGGACUGUUUCCGAGAUUCUUUCCAAUAUUCCAAACCAGCAAGCCAUAAGGAAAAAAUUGCAUAUCUGGACUGGGAAGCCAAAAACGUUGAGAGGUUUCCCCAAAGAUACAGAGAACUUGGAUCCCUUGGUAACCAUCACCAUAAUUACAAUCACCUGGGGUUGAUCAGUCCCACUCAAACUCCCACUAAUGAAAAACCUCGGAUGAACAGUAUUCUUACUUCUGCGACCGAGCCAUAUGACCUGUCCUUCUCAAGGUCUUAUCAGAGUCUGUCACACCUUCCACCAUCGUACGAGUCUGCAGUCAAAUCUGACAUAAGCAAGUAUUCUUCACUAAAACGAUUAAGUGAGAAGGAGAUGGAUGAAUACUACAUGAAAAGAAGGCAUCUUCCAGACUUGGCAGCAAGAGGAACUCUGCCUCUCCAUGUUAUUAAAAUGAAUCAGGAACACAGUAACCAUAGGGAAAGGCCGAGGCGACCAGAGCGAGCCAUGUCACAGGACAGAGUCCUGUCCCCAGAGAGAGACAUGCCUCAAGAAUGUGUCUUGUCUUAUGAGCGCAUCCUAUCUGAUGAACAACUAUUGUCAGCUGAACGCCUUCAGUCCCAGGAUCCUCUACUCUCUCCAGACAAAGUUAUGUCCCUCAAACGCUCCGCAUUCCGUGAGAAGGCCAUGUCCAGGGCUUUGUCUCAAUCCCACACAGAUGUCUUUGUAUCUACACCCAUCUUAGAUCGUUAUAAGAUGACAAAAAUGCACUCACAUCCCAGUGCCUCAAACUCUUCGUCCAAUACCUUAAGUACAAAUCAGACGAAUCACACUGCUGCUAAGCGACAUGCCUUUGCUUCACGUCGGCACAACACAGUGGAACAGCUCCACUAUAUCCCAGGACAUCACCGUAAUUACCAUACAGCCAGCAAAACAGAAGUGACUGUUUGA